AUGGCUUCACGAAAGCUCUUCUCGUCUCUACUUCGUGCACCCCUCACUCGCUCUCCACUGGAAUUUCAUCUUCCAACCUAUUCCCGGCCACGCUCUUUCUCCAACCUUACUUCUCCGCCGAUCGGUUUUACUGGGUUUUCUCAAACAAAUGCUUUCCUAAGAGUUGAGCCUGGCAAUUGUUUGACUAGAUUGCCUUCAGUUCAGCAUGGUUCUAUGCUUGUCCCUCAUUUCCGAAGUAGAUUUAUGUCUACGGAGACGAGUUCUGUUGAUUUUUCUUCUCAAGAUAGUUCCUUACCGGAACCCGAAGUGCCUCGUCCCAUCAAAUUUAAAAGAUUAGAUAAAACCGCGAGGCACAUUAUGCAGAUUUUAGACAAGGAAGCAGUGGAGGAGGUGAAAGGACAAAGAGAGAUGCCUGAUAUAAAGCCUGGUUAUAUUGUGCAGCUCAAAGUGGAAGUGCCGGAGAACAAGAGGCGCGUUUCUAUUAUAAAAGGGAUUGUUAUUGCAAGGCGUAAUGCUGGACUCAAUACUACAUUCAGAAUUAGAAGAAUGGUAGCCGGGGUUGGGAUUGAGUCUUUAUUCCCACUGUAUUCACCUAACAUAAAGGAGAUAAAGGUGCUGGACAAGAAGAAAGUGAGAAGAGCCAAGCUCUACUACCUGCGGGACAAAAUGAAUGCACUUAGAUAA